AGACUGAGAUACAGAAAUUCUGAUAACCUGGUUGAAUUUUCUGCUGAGAGGAGGAUGGGAGAACCUUCCAGAGACAACCAUCUGCAGCACUCCUCCAAUCAGGCCUUUAUGGUACAGAGUAGCCAGACGAGGCUCACUCCUCCCAAGACUAGUCAGGAUCGAGGAAAGGAAAAGAGAGAAAAAGAAGAAAAGAAAGGAAAGGAAAAGAAGAAAAAAGAGAAGGCUAGGAGAGAAAAGAAGAAAGAGAAAGGAAAGCUAGGAAAGAGAAGAAGAAAGGAAAGAGAAAGGAAAGGAAA